UCAGAUCAAAAGCACAUUUUCACUUUUUCCCUUGGGAACACCUGUCGGGAUGCCAACCUAUGCCACUCCGGCGGUGACGGGCCAGAUGCGUGACAAGACCGAUGAGUUGAUCCAUGACCUGAGUAGCUGUGAUCCCCAUGUCCGGCAGGCGGCUUGUCAAGGUCUCGGCCGUGAAACCAAGACACCGAGCCGUGCGGUGCCUCCGUUGUUGAACGGCAUCCAGGACCAGAACAGCUACGUGCGCCUGGCGGCAGCCACCAGUCUGGGGCAGGUGGCCAGGAAAGGAGAUGAGGAGGUCCUGGAAGCCUUAAUCGCUCGUUUCAGCGACACCGAUGCCUCGGUGCGCCGGGUGGCAUGCGCUGCAGCAGGGCAGGUCUCCAAUAAGUCCAAUGCGCGCGUGCUUUCGGCCUUGCUGGCGCGCUCUGAGGACCGCGACGGCGGGGUGCGGCGCAGCGCCGUGAAGGCGUUGGAGAAGGUGGCGAAGAAGGAAGAUCCACAGGUCCUGGCCGCGCUCUUCCAGCGCAGCAAUGACUCGGAGGCCUUCGUGCGCUACAGCGCGGUGGAGGCUCUGUGCAAUUUGGCGGCGGAAGGAAGCCCAGAGGUGGUCAAUCGCAUGUUGGAGCUACAAUCUGACCGUGAUUCCCGGGUCCGCUGCUGCGCCACGGAAGCCUUGGGGCGCUUGGCGGUGAGAGGUGACAGUCGCGUGCUCACGUCGCUGCUGCAGUGCCUCGAUGAUGAAGCAGAUGCCGUGCGCCGGGCCGCCGCCACGAGUCUGGGGUACGUGACCUUUGCGCCGCUGCAAGAGCUGGAAGUCCAGGAGCGACAGAUCGCGGAACUCGAGUUCCGUGAGCAGCACGAGGUGUCGACCCGAGAUCGCAUCAUCGCAGAGCUACGAGAAAAGCAUCAGAAGGAAAGCACUGAGCUUCGUGCUCGGAUCUUCGAGCUGGAGGACCAACUGAAGCUGGAGGUGGAAAAACGCGACCUGGAAAUCCAGCAGCUCAAGCAUAAGCUCGAGGAACAGGAGUGGAUCGCAGGCGUGGCAGGUGUCAUUCCACACUCAGGAGAGAUCUCAAAGUUCCUGGACACGCUUCCUGACUUAGCCGGUGCUGAGCACUACGGGAAGCAGAUCUUGGCGCCGAUCUGGGCUUUGAGGUGUCUCAGGGUCACUCAGCCCAGCCUUGCGGCGAGCGAAAACUCCGUUGAGGCCAAGGACAAACGCUCCAUGCUGGCACUCUUUGAACUCUUUCAACGCCUGAGCAGUGGCAGCGUGACACCCUUGGAGUUGACGGAGGCUUCGCCACUGGAUGUCUUCGUGCACCAAUUGGAAGAUGGCACGUGGGGCCUCUUCUGCAGCAGCCGACAGCGCCUUCUAGCUUUCAUCAUGCGUCAGGCGUGCCACCGAAACGAGCUCAUGCGCGUGCGCUGUACGAUCCGAUCCAAGGAAGAUCUUGGAUAUUGGUCCUGGCAUUGGAAUUGCUUCUACGAUGGCAAUGAUGGACGCACCAUGAGCCCUAAGGGCGGUGCAUCACCAUCGAUCAGUCCAAGCGCUUCCUGUAGGAGAAGCAUGCUGGGCUUUUCGGUGAGCAGUCCAAGACUGGCCGGAAGCAGCCCAUCCACCCCACGCUCAGUGGGUUUCAGCCGUGGCGCCCGACCCUGCCCCCGCAGCGCCGGGGAGAUCCAGAGCAGCGUGGCGCUGGCUGCAGCCACAUCGGCUCUGGGCGCCCAAGCGUGUGCGAAGAGUCCAAGAGCUUUUGGCCUUGCCAGGUCGAAGUCAGCACCAAAAACCACCUCUCCCAGGACUCCCAGGCCAGUGCAACGACUUGGCCAAACCGUCCCAACAGUGAGCUUGCAAUUCUGACCGAGGUCUGGUCGACCCCGGGUGGCUGGGUGGUGCUGCCUGGGAGGAAAAACAGCAAAAGACCAUGUCCUUGUUUUUGUUUUCUCUUUUUCACACUUCAACUAUCUAUAAACAAUAUUGAAUGUACAAGCACCUGAGAGCCUCAGAGUGCGACGUCUCAUUUUUGUUGGAUCCGCUCACAGCCUUUGAAGCCGCGUGGUGCACACUGCAAGACCAUUCCUUUUGUGGGUUUGGGUUGAUUUUAGCAAUGCAUGAUAGUUUAAUAGUCAUUGUCGAUCAUGGAAACUGUCCAAAUGAAGCUAUGAUACCAAGUGUUUUUUUCAGUCCUCUGUUUGGAAGAGAGGGUCGCCGCCUUUGGGGCUGCGCAAAGCCGAAACACUCCGAGCCAACCCAAAGCGACCACAGCUUCUUCCCAGUGCACCGGAGCUUCCUCCCCCACAGGUCGGCCAGGGGAGCCACACAGGGAGAAAAGCAGGUCCUGAAGGCUUCCCACCAUGGCCGGACAGAUCGAUAGCACGAAAAGGCUUGUUGUUCCCAACUGGUGCCGUAUUCAGGAGAGUCUGGGGAUGUCUGGGGUGUUUGAGGCCGAAUUCAUACCAUAAGAAGCAAUUUGACGCGUCUUUUCAUCAGAAAGAGGCAAGGCUUUGGGUGGUUCGGGGGUUCAAAAUAGGGCUCACUCGGGAUUUCCAGUAUUUCCGCCAAGAGGAAGGUUUAG